CGCGCCGGGCGGCUUCCCUCCGCCUCCCUCGUCGCUCGCUCUCCAGCAACUCCGGCGCGUCUCUGCCAGGCGCACAAACCCGGGAAGGAAUGAGCGACAGGAGCGCAUCCGGAGGCUGCUGGGGUAAGUGCAGACGUCUGUGUAAGUGCGAAGCCAUCAUGGUGGCAUUUAAAGGCAUCUGGACUCAGCCUUUCUGGAAAGCUGUUUCUGCAGAAUUUUUGGCCAUGCUCAUUUUUGUCCUCCUCAGCCUUGGCUCUACAAUCAACUGGGGUGGAGCCGAAAACCCUCUGCCUGUCGACAUGGUCCUCAUUUCUCUCUGCUUUGGACUCAGCAUUGCAACAAUGGUGCAAUGCAUUGGACACAUCAGUGGUGGCCAUAUUAACCCUGCUGUGACUGUUGCAAUGGUCUGCACUCGGAAGAUCAGCCUUGCCAAGUCAGUCUUCUAUAUUGCAGCCCAAUGCCUGGGUGCCAUCGCAGGGGCAGGAAUUCUCUACCUUGUCACCCCCCAGCGUGUGGUGGGCGGCUUGGGAAUUACCAAGGUACAUGAUGACCUUUCUGCUGGCCAUGGACUAGUGGUGGAGCUGAUAAUUACGUUCCAGCUGGUCCUUACUAUUUUUGCCAGCUGUGAUUCUAAGCGAAGUGAUGUCACAGGUUCAGUGGCACUGGCAAUUGGACUUUCAGUUGCAAUCGGACACCUGUUUGCUAUUAACUACACAGGUGCCAGCAUGAACCCUGCUAGGUCAUUUGGACCUGCAGUUAUCAUGGGGAAAUGGGAAAACCACUGGAUAUAUUGGGUGGGACCAAUUAUAGGAGCAGUUCUUGCUGGCGCCCUUUAUGAAUAUGUCUACUGUCCUGAUGCUGAAUUCAAACAGCGGCUCAAAGAAGCGUUUACGAAAACAAGCCAGCAGUCCAAAGGGAAAUACAUAGAAGUUGAAGACACCAGGAGCCAGGUGGAGACAGAUGAUUUGCUUCUGAAGCCUGGAAUGGUCCAUGUCAUUGACCUUGAGAGGGGUGAUGAUAAGAAGGGUAGAGACCCAACCAAUGAGGUGCUAUCAUCUGUAUGACUAGCAAGGAGCACUGAAAGCAGGGAACAGUCUACUAGCAGGCCCACAGAUAGCCUUCCACCCAUAAAAGAGACAGAUUUGUUGUAAAUUAGUCACCUGCGACACCAUAAAAUUGUAGGAAAAUGGCAGCAGUGAAUUAGCUGUUUAAUCAGACCAGACUCCCAUUCUGUUGACAUGGUAGCAGCUAACUGUGUUGAGGGAUCCUCAUAGAUUAUUCCAAAUUCAUAAAUGUCCUUUUGGCAAUAGCCAUAAGGGAAUCCUUUUAUUCCCUCUCUGCUUUCUGAGUGAAUUUUGAAAGAGGCAUUGGUUUUAACGCAAGCAGUUAUGAGCAGGAAAUAGCAAUCUUCGCCAAUCAGAUUGACAGAUGAAACUUAUCAAAAGAUGCCUAUAGACACAGAAAGAAGUGUCUAUCAGAUUGUUCUUCUGACACUUAAUUGGCUGUUGUCAAUCCUGAUUAGAAUUUUAAUGACAAAGUCUAUGGCAGGUUCAGUGAAAGCAGAGCCAACAUGCAGGAUACAACAAAUGCUUGCAAAAGCCUCAUUCAUCCCUUUCUUCUAGUCCUCCUGUUAUUUUUAAUCCUUCCAUGCUACAUUUGGGAGAAGACAUUUAAACAAAACAAAACAAAAAAAACCAAGAAUUGCCAUUUGCCAUUUUAUAUCUACUACAUACUCAUACAUUUUAUACUUCCACAAAAAAGGAAGUCCUCUCCUUUUGACUCAUAAUCUUUAAAAUGUCCCCCACAUUGAGUUGUCCUUCCACAAAAACGUUCUCAUGACAUACUAUUGCCAGAACUGUUGAAGACAUACAAUGAACAAAAUAAGUCUGUAUUAUACGCCAUCUUGUAAUGUGUGCAUUCCAGCCAAAGUUAAGCCCUGUGAAUUCCAGAUACUUUUACCAGGAGGCAUUUAUACACAGCUUAACUUUCCCAGUGACAUCAGUGGGACUUAACAGUGGUUAACUUUGGGUGGAUCAUGUCAAAUAAAAAUACGCAGGUAUCAAAAAGAAGUUGAAGGCUGUUCUGUUUUCAGUGCACUUAUUCAAACAAAUAAAAUGUUACUGUGCCAAUUUUAUAUAACUGAAAUGUUAAAAAUGUGUAACUAUUUUGCUCACAGUGUGAUUUUUUUUUUAAAAAAAAGCAUAACAAGCAGGCUUUUCAUAAUUAUUUAAAAUACUGCUGGGAAAUGCUUUGGUGACUGAUGCUUUGCUUUGAAUACUCUGUCGCUAAAAAGAUUUGUUUUAGAGCUGCGUCAAACACAAUGCAUUUCCUAUCUAAAAACCUCUACAUCCAGGCAAACUGCAUGUAGAUUUCCAAGUGUGACAGUCACAGACAUGUCUGUUCCACUGCUUGCACUCAGUGUACAUAGGCCAGAAAGCCAUUGUCAACAGAGAUGUGUGCAAUUGUUGCAUGAUCUCCAUGCAGUUAUAAUAUCAAUGAAACAGUUAAAUAGCAACUGUGAAUUUUCAAUGCAUCAAGAAGCCAGGGCAUGGAAUAGCUUGCAACUUUGUGUGAUGUUGUGCUGCUGAAUGGUGAGUUUGACUUUUAUAAACUACAAAUGCUUUUGGUCAAAAAGGAGUAACGUUUACACUUUCUCUGAAUGUUGCCAGAACUGAAAUUUGCUAUAGCUGAGGUUCUUUGUAUGGAACUCAUCCAUUCCUAUUAAGGUUUUUGGUGGUGAAAUGUGGCGAAUGUACAGAACCACCAUGAGAACACCUGGUCUUGUAGAAAAAGGACACUAUACUAGUGGUGAAUAUUUCUAAGUAGGGAGAAGUACAUAGAUAAUCUUAUGCACAUGAAACACGACGUGAUAAAAGAAAUAUACACUUCUUCCUCUACAGAAGAAGUAACGCCCAUCUAACAAAAUUGCCCAGUGUGCAGCACAAAAAAGGAAAGAACUGAGCAUAUAGCAAAGCCAAAACAAAGAAAUCCAACUAGGGCUGUGAUCCUAAGCAAACCAAGUUACUUCCUAAGGAGUAAGCCUUGUUGGGUUUAGUGGAACUUCUGAGUAAAAAGACAUCAUAUUGUGCAGUAAAAUUCACCAGGUCUGCCAAAGGGAGACCAUAUGAAGAAAGAUACUAAUGCCCUGAUGGGUGCUGCUGCACUCAGAUCCCUCUUGAUGGCUUCCCAUAGGCAUCUAAACAGUCUGGUGAGAGCAGGAUGCUGGACCACAUGGGUCAUUGGCCUGAUCCAGCAGACUCUUCUUUUGUUCUUAGAAAAUAAACUACUGUGUAUUUUGUAAGCAUUGCAAGCCAUCUGAUGGUCAUAAGGUAGUGUACAAUUAAGUUUAUAUGUGAAUAGAUGCGGCAAUGAAUCAUUACCCCAAUCAAGAUGUCCAUGUGUGUCCCAACGCACACCUAGAGCUGUUCCAUUCAUCUGUGGUGCAGCACCUCAGCAAACAGAAAGAGAUGUGCACGGAACUCUCAGUGAAAAUGUCUAGGGAAGUUCUGUGGACAACAUUAGAGCUCAUUACUCAAGAGCAAAUUACUGGUUCAAGAUCAAGUGUCUUGUGAUUUUGACGUAUUACGUUUUUCCUUAUCUUGUUCAAGAGAGAGAUCAAAACAAUACCUUUUUAGUCACCAUUUCCAGGUGGAAUCUCUGUAAUUUCAAAGUUUACAAUAACUCUCUUGCCAAUGCUCAAUAUGUGAACCCUCGGUGUCUUUCACAACCUUAAAAGUCAGAAAGAUUCCUCAGCCAAUGUAAUAUAGAAUCCUGGAAGUAGAUACAGAAUUUUCAUUUCACUAGUGAUGUGAACUUCACAAGUGUCCUUGGUUGUAUUUCUCAACAUGUUUUGCACUGGUGUAACAGUUACUCUUUGGUUAUACACUGAAGCUCCACUUCAUAAAUAUAUGGCUGUACUUUCCCUCCUAAGCCUUUUUGCUUUAAAUUUGUAUUUUGGUAAUGUUUCAUCAAUGCAUGUUUAUAAUUUACAUUUUGUUAACUCACUGACUGUGAUACACUUAGAGGCUAUUUCAGUGGCUUAUUAAGAUGUCUUACAAACUGAUGUAACAUGUGAGUCUCAUAUUUGAGAUAGUGUUGUUGCCAUGUUGUUCAUAGCAAUCACUAGAUGCAAAGCAAAUCAUUUAGAGACUGCUACAGCUUCACAUACCCUCAUCAACAGAAAGACCUGAUAGUUUAUCCCACUUUGUGUACCAUACCAGGCCAGCAUGAAGUCAUAGAAAUUAUUCUGAAAGAGAUGCUUUAUACUCACAGCUGCCUUUCUCCUAGCUUUUCUGCCUUAAAAUAAAAAAUCCUCCAAAUAAUUUGAAAUUUGGAUGCUGAAAGUACCCUAAGGACUUUGUUGUGUGUGUGGGAAAGAAUAAAUUGUGUAUAGUUGUACACAUAGUUUCUAGUGUGGUACUGGCAGAAAUGGCAGCAUGAACAUCACCUUUGUAAUGUUCUUGUUUUGAUUUUUUGCCGUUCAUAUACAGCAAUUCCCUACGAAGUUAAUUGCCAUAAUCAUUUGCAUAUGUUUCAGUUGAAAUGUUUGGUACAAAAGGCAGCAAUUUUACUUGGAAUGUUAUCUGUUUGGAGAAAGCAUGCCAAUUUCCUUUGCUAGUUUCGGGAGCAUGUGGAUUAAGUAGGGGAAGCAUUGUCUUCUGCUUCUCACUCCGCAACUGAAGAGUCAAAAGAAUCUUCAUCGUGAAUGUGGAAAGCUGUAAUAAAUAAAAUGAGGUGUCACAAAAUAUUUCAUUCUGAAAUCUCAGGUGCAUAUCCAGAAUCCAAUUUAUAAAAGCCUAUUAAGGGCUGCACGAAGGAUAAUCUAUCACUUGUAGGACCAAUGAUAAGGGCUAAACUAGUAAACAUACUAAACAUAUGGCCAUUAAAAAAAAGUUAUUACAAGUUCAUUCAACCUUAUCAGAACUGAUGUGAUAAUAGUAUUAUAAAUCAAAAUGUGUAACAUUUGGAAUAAUCUACUUAAGAUGUCCUACUGUCAACAAUAGAGUUUUAUCUUGUUCCUCUUCUCUUCUGCUGUAUUCUUUAUGGUUAUGUCUUGUAAAUAAACUAUUGUCUGUUUUGAUUCA